ACUACGACUCCCGGCAAGCUCGUCAGGGGCGCUCGGGCUCUGUGCGCUGCCGGAAGUGCGGAUCGAGCUUCCGGCGGCGGCUCGGGGCUGGGGGUGGGUCCCGGCUGGCUCUCAUUUCUCCCCGCCGGGACGGCCCGGCGCCCGGUCCCGGAGGCGGCCUCUGGUGCGUUCCUGUCCGCCAUGGCCAAGCCGACAAGCAAAGAUUCAGGUCUGAAGGAGAAAUUCAGGAAUCUGUUAGGACUGGGAACCCCGAGGCCAAACCCCAGGUCUGCAGAGGGCAAGCAGACGGAGUUUAUCAUCACAGCCGACAUCCUGAGAGAACUGAGUGUCGAAUGUGGUAUCAACAAUCGCAUCCGGGUGAUAGGGCAGAUCUGCGAGGUUGCCAAAACGAAGAAAUUUGAAGAGCACGCGGUGGAGGCGCUGUGGAAGGCCGUGGCGGACCUGCUGCAGCCAGAGCGGCCCCCAGAGGCCCGGCACGCGGUGCUGGCUCUGCUGAAGGCCAUUGUGCAGGGGCAGGGGGACCACCUGGGCGUGCUCAGAGCCCUCUUCUUCAAGGUCAUCAAGGAUUACCCUUCCAAUGAAGACCUCCACGAGAGACUGGAAGUGUUCAAGGCCCUCACGGACAACGGGAGACACAUCACCUACUUGGAAGAAGAACUGGCUGGGUUCGUGCUGCAGUGGAUGGACAUCGGCCUGUCCUCAGAAUUCCUCUUGGUGCUUGUGAACUUGGUCAAGUUCAACAGCUGUUACCUGGAUGAGUACAUUGCAUCGAUGGUCCACAUGAUCUGCCUGCUGUGUGUCCAGACGGUGUCGUCCGUAGACAUAGAGGUGUCCCUGCAGGUGCUGGACGCCGUGGUCUGCUACAACUGCCUGCCGGCCGAGAGCCUCCCGCUGUUCAUCGUCACUCUCUGCCGCACCAUCAAUGUCAAGGAGCUCUGUGAGCCUUGCUGGAAGCUGAUGCGUAACCUCCUGGGCACCCAUCUGGGGCACAGUGCCAUCUACAACAUGUGUCGGAUCAUGGAGGACAGAGCCUACAAGGAGGACGCCGCGCUGCUGAGAGGCGCCGUGUUCUUUGUGGGCAUGGCGCUCUGGGGCGCGCACCGACUUUACUCUCUGAAGAACUCCCCGACAUCUGUGCUCCCGUCCUUUUAUGAGGCCAUGACCUGUCCGAACGAGGUGGUGUCCUACGAGAUUGUGCUGUCCAUAACCAGACUGAUCAAGAAGUACCGGCGGGAGCUCCAGGCCGUGACGUGGGACAUCCUGCUGACCAUCAUGGAGCGCCUGCUGCAGCAGCUCCAGAGCCUGGACAGCCCAGAGCUCAGAGCCGUCGUCCACGACCUGCUGACCACGGUGGAAGAGUUAUGCGAUCAGAGCGAGUUCCACGGCUCUCCAGAGAGAUACUUCGAGCUGGUUGAGCGAUGCGCAGACCAGAGGCCUGAGUCCUCGCUCUUGAACUUAAUCACGUACAGGGCUCAGUCGAUCCAUCCGGCCAAAGACGGCUGGAUUCACAACCUGCAGCUGCUGAUGGAGAGGUUCUUCAGGAAUGAGUCCCGCAGUGCCGUGCGCAUCAAGGUGCUGGACGUCCUGUCCUUCGUGCUGCUCAUCAACAGACAGUUCUAUGAGGAGGAGCUGAUCAGCUCAGUGGUCAUCUCACAACUCUCCCACGUCCCAGAGGACAAAGACCCCCAAGUCCGGAAACUGGCCACCCAGCUGCUGGUGGACCUGGCUGAGGGCUGUCAUACCCACCACUUCAACAGCCUGCUGGACAUUGUGGAAAAGGUGAUGUCCCGCUCCCUUUCUCCACCCGCUGAGCUGGAGGAGAGAGACGUGGCGGCGUACUCAGCCUCCGUGGAGGACGUGAGGACUGCUGUCUUGGGGCUCCUGGUCAUCCUGCAGACCAAGCUAUACUCCUUGCCCGCCAGCCACGCGAUGCGCGUUUACGAGACACUUGUUGGCCACAUUCAGCUGCACUACAAGCACGACUACACCCUGCCCAUUGCCGCCAGCAUCCGGCUACAGGCCUUCGACUUCCUGCUGCUCCUGAGGGCCGACUCGCUGCACCGUCUCGGCCUGCCCAGCAAGGAUGGGGCCGUGAGGUUCAGCCCUUACUGUGUUUGCGAUGCCAUGGAGCCAGAGCGGGGUCCAGAGAAGAAGGCCAGUGGCACCCUGUCCAAUCCCACUGGGCCGCCCGGCCCUGCGCCCACAGGCCCCGCGGUGAGACUUGGCUCUUUGCCUUACUCCCUGCUCUUCCGUGUGCUGCUGCAGUGCCUGAAGCAGGAGGCGGACUGGAAGGUACUGAAGCUCGUGUUGGGCAAGCUGCCCGAGUCCCUGCGUUACAAGGUGCUCAUCUUCACGUCUCCGUGCAGCGUUGACCAGCUGUCCGCUGCCCUCUGCUCCAUGCUUUCAGGUCCCAGGACCCUGGAGCGGCUCCGAGGCACCCCGGAAGGCUUCUCCAGAACCGACCUGCAUCUGGCAGUGGUUCCCGUGCUGACAGCACUCAUCUCGUACCACAACUACUUGGACAAAACCAGACAGCGGGAGAUGGUGUACUGCCUGGAGCAAGGCCUCAUCUACCGCUGUGCCAGCCAGUGCGUGGUGGCACUGGCCAUCUGCAGCGUGGAGAUGCCGGACAUCAUCAUCAAGGCGCUUCCUGUGCUGGUUGUGAAGCUCACUCACAUCUCAGCCACUGCUAGCAUGGCCGUUCCUCUCCUUGAGUUCCUGUCAACUCUGGCCAGGCUGCCUCACCUCUACAGGAACUUUGCAGCGGAGCAGUACGCGAGUGUCUUUGCCAUCUCCUUGCCUUACACCAAUCCCUCCAAGUUUAAUCAGUACAUCGUGUGCCUGGCCCAUCACGUCAUAGCCAUGUGGUUCAUUAGAUGCCGCCUGCCCUUCCGGAAGGAUUUUGUUCCCUUUAUCACUAAGGGCCUGCGCUCCAACGUUCUCCUGUCCUUUGAUGACACCCCCGAGAAGGACAGCUUCAGAGCGCGAAGCACCAGCCUCAACGAGAGGCCCAAGAGUUUGAGGAUAGCCAGAACCCCCAAACAAGGCUUGACUAACUCUCCACCCGUGAAAGAAUGCAAGGAGAGCUCUGCCGCAGAGGCCUUCCGGUGCCGCAGCAUCAGUGUGUCAGAGCAUGUGGUCCGCAGCAGGAUCCAGACGUCCCUCACCAGCGCCAGUCUGGGGUCUGCAGACGAGAAUUCAAUGGCCCAGGCUGAUGACAACUUGAAAAAUCUCCACCUGGAGCUCACGGAGACAUGUCUGGACAUGAUGGCCAGAUACGUGUUCUCCAACUUCACAGCGGUCCCCAAGAGGUCCCCUGUGGGAGAGUUCCUCCUGGCUGGUGGCAGGACCAAAACCUGGCUGGUUGGGAACAAGCUUGUCACCGUGACAACGAGUGUGGGAACCGGGACCCGGUCGCUGCUGGGUUUGGACUCAGGAGAGCUGCAGGGAGGCCCAGAGUUGAGCACUGACGCUGGUGUGCACGUGAGACAGACCAAGGAGGCGCCUGCCAAGCUAGAGUCCCAGGCUGGGCAGCAGGUGUGCCGCGGGGCCAGGGAUCGCGUCCGCUCCAUGUCCGGGGGCCAUGGCCUUCAUGUGGGUACCCUGGACACUCCAGCAUCCCACUUCGCAGGUGGCCCCACUUCUCCUGGUGCACAGACGGCACCAGCCAGCAAACCUGAGAGGGCGUCAGCGGGCACCCAGUUCCCAGCACAGGAGAAGACGAGCCUGGCGGCCUACGUGCCCCUUCUGACCCAGGGCUGGGCAGAGAUCCUGGUCCGGAGGCCCACAGGGAACACCAGUUGGCUGAUGAGCCUGGAAAACCCUCUGAGCCCCUUCUCCUCGGACAUCAACAACAUGCCGCUGCAGGAGCUGUCCAAUGCGCUCAUGGCCGCUGAGCGCUUCAAGGAGCGUCGGGACACGGCCUUGUACAAGUCACUGUCGGUGCCGGCGGCUGGCUCGGCCAAGCCCCCUCCACCCCCGCGAUCCAACACGGUGGCCUCUCUCUCCUCGCUGUGCCAGUCCAGUUGCCGAGCACAGCUGCACAGGGGCGUUUCCUGGGCAGACUCAGCGGUCGUUCCGGAGGAGGGGAGUCCGAGCGAGGCUCGUUUGCCCACUGAACCCACAGAGUUGGAGGACUUUGAGGCAACGCUAGGCACAGACCGGCGCAGCAGCCGCGCUGAGGCUUACAGCAGGUCAUCAUCAAGCUCCAGCCAGGAGGAGAGGUUCCCCGCGGAGGAGCCUGCUGCUGGAGGAGUCCCCAUCGAGCGGGCUGUCUCUUCCGAGGGCGCCCGGCCUUCUGCGGAGCUCCCCUUCCAGCCCUGCCAGCCCCUCAGCAAGUCCAGCUCCUCGCCCGAGCUGCAGACCCUACAGGACAUCCUUGGGGACCCUGGGGACAAGACUGAUGUUGGCCGGCUGAGCCCUGAGGCCAAGACCCGGUCCCAGUCCGGGAUCCUGGACGGGGCAGGUGCCGCCUGGUCAGCCCCAGGUGAAGAGAGCCAGGGCCGGGGCCCCACGCAGCCCGAGGGUCCCUUGCUUUCCAGCUGCCCCCGCUCCCCCAGUGGCCUGCGGCCCAGAGGCUACACCAUCUCUGAUUCGGCCCCGUCACGCAGAGGCAAGAGGGUAGAGAGGGAUGCCUUCAAGAGCAGAACUGGGGCCUCCAAUACCGAGAAGGUACCCGGCAUCAAUCCCAGCUUUGUGUUCCUGCAGCUCUACCAUUCCCCGUUCUUUGGUGACGAAUCCAACAAGCCCAUCCUUCUCCCCAAUGAGUCCUUCGAGCGGUCAGUGCAGCUUCUCGACCAGAUUCCGUCCUACGACACCCACAAGAUCGCCGUCCUGUACGUGGGAGAAGGCCAGAGCAACAGCGAGCUCGCCAUCUUGUCCAACGAGCACGGCUCCUACAGGUACACGGAGUUCCUCACCGGCCUGGGCAAACUCAUCGAGCUCAAGGACUGUCAGCCAGACAAGGUGUACCUGGGCGGCCUGGAUGUAUGCGGGGAGGACGGCCAGUUCACUUACUGCUGGCAUGACGAUAUCAUGCAAGCGGUCUUCCACAUUGCCACUCUGAUGCCCACCAAAGAUGUGGACAAGCACCGCUGUGACAAGAAGCGCCACCUGGGCAACGACUUCGUGUCCAUCGUCUACAAUGACUCGGGCGAGGACUUCAAGCUGGGUACCAUCAGAGGCCAGUUCAACUUUGUCCACGUGAUCAUCACCCCCCUGGACUACGAAUGCAAUCUGGUGUCCCUGCAGUGCAGGAAAGACAUGGAGGGCCUCGUGGACACCAGCGUGGCCAAGAUCGUGUCUGACCGCAACCUGCCUUUUGUGGCCCGUCAGAUGGCUCUGCACGCAAACAUGGCCUCACAGGUGCAUCACAGCCGCUCCAACCCCACCGACAUCUACCCCUCCAAGUGGAUUGCCAGGCUCCGUCACAUCAAGCGACUCCGCCACCGGAUCCAAGAGGAAGCCCAGUACUCCAGCCCUAGCCUGCCCCUGCUGCAGACGCACGCCCCGGGCCACGGCAAAGCACCCGCUCCGGCGCCCGCGGAGCCCGUGCCGGCGUACGAGACCGGCCAGCGGAAGCGCCUCAUCUCCGCGGUGGAUGACUUCACAGAGUUCGUGUGAGGCCGCGCGUCGGGGGGUGCACGCGCGAAAUAAAGCUGAGGUGCCCACCUGCGGCCCACACACAGA